AUGAGUGUUUCGCUAGUUUCCUAUCAGUUUACUGUGGCCGAAACCACUGAACGCGUCAAAAAUCAAGCUGCCACGACACUCGCCGCUAUCAGUAGCGACCAAUCGUUACAUGGCACGCCUCUUAUCGCUGCCCAGGAUUCCCAUUUAGUGCGCUGGUUUCCUCGAUAAGAGGGCAGUCCACUCAGUUUUUUAGAACUUCUCCUUUUUCUAGAGCUCCUAGUGGGUUGGAAUAGGCCGGCCUUGUAUUUUCGGUUAUACUUUUUCGUCUUGGACGUGAAUUUUUCAUAUUUCCAGACUCUCAAUACAUUUUUUAAGUUUGUAGGAAACUCUAGAAAAACUUAGGAAGUAUGAGAAACGAUCUAUCAAUUUUCUUGGACAUUUUGUAACCAGAAUAGCGCAAACUUGUUCUGGAGAGGUGAAGCUUUGUUAUCUGCGAUAUAUCUUCAUUUAUCCAGAAUUUUUUGUCAAAUGAGGUUUUUUGGGUUCCAUUCUCCAUAAAAAACUAUUUGAGCAAAUCGACCCGAAGUUGUAAAUCUGUUGCGCACCGUACAUUUCAUCGAAAAUUCGUGCAGUUCAAACAGUUCCGCUUCCAGAAACCUAGUUGCAAUGGCCUCCGCUAUCGAAGGACGCUGGAAGCUCGUCGAUUCCGAUAACUUCGACGAGUACAUGAAGGUAGGAUCGCGAGGGUGCGCUAGAAACGAGGUCGGACUUGCAGGAAGUCGGAGUCGGACUCAUCACCCGCAAGGCUGCCGGCGCUCUCAAGCCCACCAUCGAGAUCAAGCACGUCGGCGGCGACACCUGGCAGAUCAACCAGUUCUCCACCUUCAAGAACACCACCCUCGAGUUCACGCUCAACAAGGUGCGGUGAUUUCAAUGUCAAAAAUUACAUAAGCACUUCUAGUGGCUGUAAUCUCACUUUAUAUCCCGUCAGCAGAAUAGUAAAGACGACCAAAUAAUCCAUAUACGUCAGGGAAACAAAGAUUGCGGAGUUUGGACUGUGAUAAGCAGCCACGAUGGCCCGAUUUUAUCUUUUUUAGCUCUUGAUAAUUUUUAUGUUGAAAUCUGGAACACGUAAACAUGUUUGUUCUCUGUAAUAAGAUUGAGGAAGGCGAUCUUUUGGAAAACAUUUCUUCCUAGUGAGUCAUUGAGAACCGUAGAUGAAGCUUUUAGUGCUUUUGGGGAAAUGGUUUGCGAGAAAUCAAAAAUUCGUAAACAUAUUUUUCGUCGAUAGGCGAAUUCUUGAAACUGUGAUAAAAGUUGUAUAGUGUUCUGAGCGGAAUAAAGCGCUCAUGUUUAAAUUUUUGAAUUGAAUUUUAGGUUUUUCUUUUUAUUGAGAACAUAUUAUGAGAGUGUUGAUUAGGAUUUUCAAUUUUUCACUGAACCUUCGACGGUAAAAACCCUUCAAUUUGGGUGACUUCGAAAAAUAUUUAGCCUAUUCUUGGGACGGCAAAAGCAUGACCUGUCUGCGCUCUCCAUCAGCCAAACACUAUCGCUUUUCUAAUCGUAUCAGGACCCAUUUUUCGAUGGCUCAAGCCAGCCGUGAAUCAGCUAUACAAGAUUUUUUGGAACGGCGAAGAAAUCCAAAGAUUCAGGAGUUCGACGAGACGACCCCCGACGGCCGCACUCUCCGCUCGAUCUUGGAGCUCAAGGACGGCAAGCUGAUCCACACCCAGAAGAAGAUCAAGCCCGAGGACAAGGAUUCGCUCAUCACUCGCUGGAUCGAAGGAGACAAGCUCCACGUCACCCUCCAGAGCGGCAACGUCGUCUCUCAUCGGGCCUACGAGCGCGAAUAG